AUGUUGCAGGAGUAUGAAGGAGAAUUGAAUUUUGCUAUGGAUGCAUGGACGUCGCCCAAUAACAAGGCCCUCAUCAUGUUUACCGCGCAUCUGCAGCACAAGGGGCUGCCUCUCUGCAUGAUUCUCGAUGUGGUUGAGGUUGCUGACUCUCACAAUGGCCUCAAUCUGGCUGCCGCAUUCGCGAAGAUGGUCAAAGACUUCAAAAUCUCUACGAAGGGACAGGUGAAUCAUUUGCACUGCUUUGACCAUGUCAUCAAUCUGGUCACAAAGACACUCUUGCGUCAAUUUGAUGCACCGAAAGGGAAGGCCGAGGAUCUGAUGGAUGAGGCCGAGCGUGCACUGGAAGAACUUGCCAAGGACCUCGAGAUGGAUGGAGAUUUGAACUGGGGAGCUGGGGAGGAAGAAGACAAUGAUGUUGAUGGAUGGAAAGACGAGCGUGCGGACCUCUCUCCUGAGGACCACACAGCACUCAAUGAGAGCGUGCGCCCUGUAACAUUUGUGCUCGUCAAGAUCAUGCAGGCCAUAGUCCGGUCCUCAACCAAGCUCUUGCCUGCUUGGUUGAAGUUGCUGGGAGAGCUUGAACUGGCCGAGAGGAAGAUGCCCCACGAUGUCACAACCCACUGGAAUUCGACCUUCCGAAUGCUGCAGUUCAUGCUGGAGUAUCAGCCUGCGAUCAAUGAGAUGAUGGAGGAUAGGGCGAUGAAGCUGAGGAAGUAUGAGAUGGACAACAAUGAGUGGGAGAUAGUGACACAGCUGCAUGAUGUUCUGAAGAUAUUCAAUGACACCACCCUCUACUUCUUGCAUUUGAUGCCCAGUCUCCCCAUGGUCAUACUGGCCAUGGACAUCAUCGAUGAGAAACUCACCGACAACUCCCUCGACACCCACUACCAACCAUGCAUCUGCACUGCAAUCAACAUGGCAAAGAAAACCCUCAACUGUUACUAUGACAAGACUGAUCAGUCUAAUGUCUAUCGGAUCGCCAUGGUGCUCCACCCCUCUCAUAAGCUUCAAUACUUCCAGCAGGCUGGUUGGCAGCCAGACUGGAUCAACACGGCAGAGGAACUUGUGCAUAAGGAGUUUGAACACACCUAUGCAGGGUGCAAUGUGAUGUCCAGGAUGGCUACCCCAGCUGCAACUCAAGCUCAGCCGUCUGCCAACAUGUUCAACAACUUGCUUCAUCAGAACAUCUUGCAGACUCAAGAUGAUCAGGAUGAGCUCCAGCGCUACCUCAAUGCCGAUACAGAGCAUGUCCCAGAUGCAUUGGGAUGGUGCUCCAAAGCUGAGUCAAAGCACCUCGAAAGCAAUGGCGGAAACUUCCAGACGUGGAAGUACCGCACGACUACCAUCCUCCGGUUGCGUGGUCUCUAUUCGCUCAUCGACGGCACCGAAGCCGACCCCGGAACAGCGGAUACUAUGAAGAAGGCGGAGUGGGAUGUCCGGAACAAUGAGGCACUCGUGCAGAUCACGUUGACACUCAAGGACGAGCCGCUCAACGGUGUGAUGUACUCGAUGACGGCACAGGAUGCUUGGGAGAAGUUGAACAGGUGUUACGAGGGCAGAGGCAAGCAAACCUUAGCCUAUCUCAUCAGCGACCUUUUCCGCAGCACACUUAGUGACAAGUCGCCGCUAGAGCCGCAGCUCAACACGAUGCAGCAGAAGGCCCACAUCCUCGAGACGCUCGGGCUAACGCUAGACAACACGCUCAUCGCCAUUGCUAUGGCUAUCUCCCUUCCUCCAUCCUAUUCAACCCUUCGCACUAUCCUCAUGGCCUCUGACUCGAAACUCACAGUCGAGAAGGUCGUCAACGAGGUCCUUAGCGAGGAGAAGCGACGUGGCGAGACAACCGCAGCAUCUGCGCUCAUUGCGAAGCAUGCUGAUACCAAGUCGAAGUCGAAGGGGAAGGACAAGGACAAGAAGAAGAAGGGCAAGUGCGCUUUCUGUGGCUACACUGGUCACACGAAGGACGAGUGUCAGAAGUUCAAGGCGAGCCAGGUGGAGGGCGCCACAGAGAAGGGCGACAAGAAAGCUGAGAAGGCUGCUGAUGCAAAGGAAUCUGCGAAGAUCGCCAGUGUCGGUGAGGCUGACUCCGAGACGCUCCGCCUCUUCGUUGCUGAGGAGUUGGCACGUGGUGAUGACCUCCACCGCUGGAUUGUUGAUUCAGGAGCUUCCUCCCACAUGACAUCUCACCGCGAGUGGUUCGUAAACUGCCGCACCCUCACUACGCCCAAGCGUGUUUACCUCGGAGAUGAGCACUUUAUCCUCACCGUUGGUAUCGGUCAGGUCACACUCCGUGCAGCAGUCGACCAUGGCUCAACAAACACUGGCAUUGUGCAGGAAGUUCUCCAUGUCCCAGAUCUCAAUGGCAACCUGCUCUCUGUCUCGCAGUUUGACCGCAACAGCUACAAUGUUAGCACCAUUGGGUACAUGCGGAGAAAUCUCUAUGUUCUCGACAUGACCACGCAGCUCCCCGAGUGUACCUACAUCCUGCAGGCAGAAGAUCUCCCUCCCUCUUACGAUAACUCCAUGGAUGAUCCCUCACUCCACACUUUUGUUGCUAAGGAGACAACAUCCAGUGCGAGUGCUCAGGGAAUGGUUAAGGGCAUGUCGAUCGUCGGAGAAAAGCGUGCCAAUAUCCUGCGGACUGAUGGUGGCGGUGAGUACGAGUCGAAGGAAUUCGAAGCGUACCUACAGGAGAAGGGCAUCCACCACGAAAAGACGAAUGCCUACACUCCACAGGAGAAUGGCAUUUCCGAGCGGAUGAACCGCACCAUCGAGGAGAUGGCCAGGAGCAUGCUCAAUGACGCUGGACUGCUGAACACAUACUGGGGUGAUGCUGUGUUACAUGCAGUACACAUCCUUAACUCUGUUCCAACCCGCACUCUCCCUGACAACCUCACACCACACGAGGCCUACACCGGAAACAAGCCGAGCGUGGCGCACCUCCGUGUUUUUGGCUGCAAAGCCUAUGUCCACGUUCCGAAGGAAAAACGUCAGAAACUCAACUCGAAAACGUUCGAGUGCAUGCACCUGGGGUUUGCCGCAAAUCGCAAGGCCUACCAUCUGGUUCACAGAGUGACCGGCCGCAUCGUCGAAUCCCGCGACGUGUAUUUCGAUGAAGGCACCGAAGUCGCACCCAGUCGCAUCACAAUUGACAUCACACCUAUGCAGGAGGCGCCCGACAUGCGGCCGCAGCUGCCGCCGUCUCCGCGCCCACCAAGGCCCACUGUCGAAGAUGUCCCAGAUGAAGAUAAGGACGCACCUGCACUCCUGGAUGUGGACGACAGCGACGACGAGGAUGACGAUGACAGCGCGAAUGAGGACAGCGACGAUGACAUUCCACUGCCCGAAAUUAGGUGCCGGUGUCACACCGCGCAGCCACCACCACCUCCUCCCUCGGCUCCGGAACUGCGCCGUUCAGGUCGAACGCGCACGGCACCGGUAGUGGCCGAUGAUGACCGCUAUUUCGUGUCCUCCUACACACGGAAACCGAAGGGCCAGGAUGAUGUGGGUGGAGUGGGCGCUGAUGCCGCAGUGGCAGACUCGGAGAAUGCAGAGGAAGCUGCGUGCGCAGAGGAGCUACACGCAUUUGUCAAAGCGGAGCUCUACGACGAAGUGGAGCACCCGCGGAAUCGCAAGGUCAUAGACUGCAAGUGGGGCUUUACACAGGUUGAGGGCCUCGACUUCAACGAAACCUUUGCACCCGUCGCAAAGUUCGCUUCUGUCCGAACACUACUUGCUUUUGCUGCCAAGCUCGACCUCGAGAUCCACCAGAUGGACAUCAAAUCGGCAUUCCUGAAUGGUGAUCUUGAUGAGGAGAUCUACAUGAAGGUUCCCUCUGGCUUCCGCAGGUCCAACAGCCUCGUCUGGAAGCUGAACAAGGCCCUCUAUGGUCUUAAGCAGGCUGGACGUGAGUGGUACAAGAAGAUCCGUGCUGAGUUCGAGGCGCUUGGGUUCACCCGCUGCCACUCGGACCACAGCGUGUUCUACAAGAAUGAUGAUGGUAUUCUCCUCAUUAUUGCCAUUUAUGUCGAUGAUAUGCUCAUUCUUUCUGACAACCUCACUGCUGUCACCACCCUCAAGGAAGAUCUCAAGUCUCGCUUCGAGAUGACCGACCUUGGUGAAGCACGGUGGCUCCUCGGCAUGGAAAUCGCUCGUGAUCGUCCUCGCCGUGUCCUCGAGCUCUCGCAACACCAGUAUGUCGAGAAGUGUCUCGCACAACAUGGUAUGGCCGAUUGCCGCCCGGUCAGCACACCUAUGGCACAGAACCAGAAGCUCGUCAAGCUCUCGGAGGCGGAGAUCGACCCGAAGCCUUACCAGAGCGCGCUUGGCUCUCUCAUGUAUGCAAUGAUCGGGACUCGCCCCGACCUUGCGUUCACAGUGGGCGCGUUGAGCCAGCAUGCUGCAACACCAGGCAAGGAGCACUGGAUUGCUCUUAUGCGAGUCUAUCGCUACCUGCGUGGGACAGCAGACAAGAAGCUCGUCUAUUGUGGCACUACCAAGGAGAAGGAACCCCUUCUCGGAUACGUGGAUGCAGAUUGGGCAGCGAACGUCAACGACCGUCGAUCGGUCACAGGUUUUGUUUUCCUCAUAUCGGAAGGCGCUGUCAGCUGGUCUUCAAAGAGGCAGCACUCGAUGGCGCAGUCCAGCACUGAAGCUGAGUAUAUGGCUGGAGCUCAUGGUACAAAGGAAGCAGUCUGGCUUUGUGCUUUCCUCUCGGAGAUUGGACAGGUUUAG